ACAGGAAGCAGGAAGUGGCAGCGCGAGCCUUCAGCCAUGAGACUCUCGCUUUUAUUUGGUUCCUCCGGCUGCCGUUUCCAGGCACUUUUGAGGCCUCUUCCCGUCUCUAGACGCAAACUCGUCUCUCGCGCAGCCCCGUUGCAGCAUUUGAACACACUGAGAAAAACGAUGAACUAUCAAACCGAGGAGAGAGGAAGCCCAAAUACCGCAGAUUACCGGAUUUAUUUUAAAAACUCAGAUGGCAACUACAUUUCUCCUUUCCACGAUAUUCCCCUCAUAGCUGAGGCAGAACAGGACAAUGGAUUGCCCGCCAAGAAGGCCAAGAGGAAAGAGAGCGAGAUGCUCUUUAACAUGGUCGUGGAGGUGCCCCGCUGGUCAAACGCUAAGAUGGAGAUUUCUACAAAGGAACCGCUGAACCCCAUAAAGCAAGACGUAAAGAAAGGCAAACUCCGAUACGUUGCCAACAUCUUUCCCCACAAAGGUUACAUUUGGAACUACGGUGCGAUGCCGCAGACGUGGGAGGAUCCCAACCACACAGACUCAGAAACCAAAUGCUGCGGCGAUAACGAUCCCAUUGACGUUUGUGACAUUGGUACGCAGGUGUGCUCCCCUGGUCAGGUGAUCCAAGUGAAGGUGCUUGGAAUCUUGGCAAUGAUUGAUGAGGGAGAAAUGGACUGGAAGGUCAUCGCUAUCAAUAAUGAGGACCCAGAUGCCAAAAGCUUGAAUGACCUAGAUGACAUCCGAGAGAGCCGGCCCGGCCAUUUAGAGGCCACCGUGGACUGGUUCAGGAAAUAUAAAGUUCCAGAUGGGAAGCCCGAAAACCAGUUCGGAUUCAACGCGCAAUUUCAAGAUAAGGACUUUGCUGUAAAAAUAAUAAAGUCCACGCAUGAGCACUGGAGGGCACUAGUGCAGAAUAAGACAAACGCUUGUGGGAUUGAAUGUAAAAAUGUAUCGUGCUGCGACAGUCCUUUCAAAUGCAAUGCAACAGAGGCCAGAGAUGUGAUUCAGUCGGCCCCUGCACUUGGUUGUGGACACAGUGUUUCAUCUGAGGUGGACAAGUGGCACUUUGUCUGAGUUGAUUUGGGGAAACCCGAAAAACGCGAAUGCAAGAAAUCCUCGGUUAAUGCCGCGUCACUGUUAGACCAAUGAGUGUUAACUGGUAAGACUCCAUUGUCAACUUUGUAAACCGCCAUGUCUGCCAUUCAGUAAAGAAAAUCAUGAACUUGCAUAAUCAUUUUUGUAAUCAACAUCAAGUCAAGGUAAAUGUACAAUCAGAGAUUAAAUGUUUUGGAUAAUGUCA